AUGGUCAGAUCCCCUGCAGGCAGAUCCAGGGGUGAUCCAGACCCCAAGGCCGAGGGCUUGACCCCUGACCUCGCCACCUGUACCGAGGAGCUUUCGAGACAGCGGGGCCCCCAGAGCCAGCGGACCCUGGGCCCUGCCCCAGCCACAGCCCACGCACAGCCCACCGGCGGGCAGGACGCUUGGACUCCCAGUGCUCCAGCCGUCUCCCGGAGCUCGCACCCCUGCGCGCACACCGUGCCACCCACCGUCUCCUGGAGCUCACACCCCUGCACGCACACCGUGCCUCCCGCUGUCUCCCGGAGCUCGCACCCCUGCACGCACACCGUGCCACCCCGCCAUCUCCCGGAGCUCGCACCCCUGCAUGCACACCGUGCCGCCCACUGUCUCCCGGAGCUCGCACCCCUGCGUGCACACCGUGCCGCCCGCCGUCUCCUGGAGCUCGCACCCCUGCACACACACUGUGCCGCCCGCCGUCUCCCGGAGCUCGCACCCCUGCACGCACACCGUGCCGCCCCGCCGUCUCCCGGAGCUCGCACCCCUGCGCGCACACUGUGCCGCCCCGCCAUCUCCCGGAGCUCGCACCCCUGCGCGCACACUGUGCCGCCCGCCGUCUCCCGGAGCUCGCACCCCUGCGCGCACACUGUGCCGCCCACCGUCUCCUGGAGCUCGCACCCCUGCAUGCACACAGUGCCGCCCACCGUCUCCUGGAGCUCGCACCCCUGCACGCACACCGUGCCGCCCCGCUGUCUCCCAGAGCUCGCACCCCUGCACGCACACACUGUGCCGCCCACUGUCUCCCAGAGCUCACACCCCUGCACGCACACCAUGCCGCCCGCUGUCUCCCGGAGCUCGCACCCCUGCGCGCACACUGUGCCGCCCGCUGUCUCCCGGAGCUCGCACCCCUGCACGCACACCGUGCCGCCCGCCGUCUCCCAGAGCUCACACCCCUGCGCGCACACUAGCUCACACCCCUGCACGCACACCGUGCCGCCCACCGUCUCCUGGAGCUCGCACCCCUGCACGCACACCGUGCCGCCCGCUGUCUCCCAGAGCUCGCACCCUUGCACGCACACCGUGCCGCCCGCCGUCUCCCGGAGCUCGCACCCCUGCGCGCACACUGUGCCGCCCGCCAUCUCCCGGAGCUCGCACCCCUGCGCGCACACUGUGCCGCCCGCCGUCUCCCGGAGCUCGCACCCCUGCAUGCACACUGUGCCGCCCACCGUCUCCUGGAGCUCGCACCCCUGCGUGCACACCGUGCCGCCCGCCGUCUCCUGGAGCUCACACCCCUGCGUGCACACCGUGCCGCCCGCCGUCUCCCGGAGCUCGCACCCCUGCACGCACACCGUGCCGCCCGCUGUCUCCCGGAGCUCACACCCCUGCACGCACACCGUGCCGCCCGCUGUCUCCCUGCUGCCCGGCCACGUCCUUCCCUUCCCUCCCAUCCGUUUCCUCUUCCAUCUUCCAGAUCCAGACAGACGUGUCUCCCCUGCAGGUGGUCCUGCAGCGCCUUGA